UGGAGCCUGUACGAAGCUCGACGAUUAUUAUUUCCAAUCCUAGUAUUGAUGAAUAGUCUUGCACUUAACAUCCGAAACCUUCUUCUGCAAUCGUUACGAUGAAGUUAUUGCCAGCGAGUGUCUGCUCACGAAGUUUAGAUCAUCUGAGACUCGGAGCAUGCGGUGAAAAGAAUGAUAUGGAUUUUGGCAGUGCAUAGUUCCGGGAUUCCAGGACCUCGCACUAAGACUUCAGAGAGCAAAUAUUAUGUCAAAGUUGUUCAGAAUCAUGUGCUGGCUGAAAUCAGACUGACGUCCUCGGAGAAGCAAUCGGGAAUUGCCAGAUUAUGUUGGGUUGAAUCUUAUCGAUUACUAUCUCUGAGAGUCAAACCCUAAUCAUGCUUUCCUCAUCGUCUUCCAAACCACCGACGCAGCAACUAUUACAGUCUGCGGAUCUCAUCUCCCAGGGCGCUGAAGCUGCAAUCUACAAAGCAUAUCUACGUCAAUUUUCGACAUCAGGCCAUGGCAUUGGUCACGGUGCAGCUCUUGAGGCGUUGGAACCGGUUCUCUUGAAGUACCGGUUCCGCAAGCACUACCGCCACCUGUCACUCGAUACAUCACUCACCCGGCAACGUAUAGCCGGUGAAGCUCGCGCGUUGAUGAGAUGUAUGCGGUCCGGCGUCAUUGUACCCGGAAUCAGGAUGGUGGAUGUGAACGAAGGUGUACUGGGUAUCGAGUGGAUAGAUGGCAAGAGUGUGCGUCAAAUCCUACCCGGUGGGGCUGAACUCGAGGACAUCAGCGAGCUUGGAGAGGUGGAUGAAAUCCAUGAAAAUGGCGCUGCAGACUCAAUUGCUGAUUAUGGAGUCUCUCGAGGUAGGACUGUUCGCAUGCUGAUUGGAUCCUACUCAACUUCCGUAGAUGCCCUGAUGGAUAUGAUCGGUGUUGAGAUUGCAAAGAUGCACUUGGCCGACAUAAUUCAUGGUGAUCUGACGACCUCGAACAUGAUGUUGAGGAAACAAACAAGUGAUUUGGUUCUUAUAGACUUUGGACUCGCCUAUCAUUCUACUCUCGUAGAAGAUAAGGCUGUGGACCUUUAUGUCCUGGAACGCGCCUUUGCCUCAACUCAUCCUGACUCGGAGCCACUGUUUGCGGGAGUGCUGAGCGCGUAUGAGAAGCGCAUGUGCAAACAUUGGCUGCCAAUUAAAAAGAGAUUAGAUGAUGUGCGACUAAGAGGGAGGAAACGAAGCAUGGUUGGUUAGCAUACAUGCUAGACUGUUUCAAAAAUGUGGAAGUGAGUUCAAAUGAAGGCUAAUUACCCUUUGAUGUGCUAGAUCAGACCCAGAUGAUAUUAUUCACCAGUCCUGUCAGGCUUGAUUCAUGUUUGACACGAGCACGUCUUUGGGGCUAGAUACCGCCUCACGACAUUUGGACCCUUCUCUGAUCUCUAUGUUCACAGCAGAUAUGGCAGGUUACAUUUCAAUAAUUGGACGUAAGUACAUUGUCCAGUCUCUUCUCGUCACAUCCCCCCUGGUACGUGUUAACAUAAGAUAGUCAAAUUGUUG